AUGACAAGUCCACCGCUGAACAUUGAAGUGCUCGAGCUGUUGAGCGCCCGGAGGUAUGAUGCUGCGGACAUGUUUGACCCGGAAACUUGGCACCCAGAGGACGUCAGCAUAUUAAUUGGCUCGGACACUUAUUGGAAGGUCGCCACUGGAAAGAUUGAUCGCCUCAACGAGCAACCAACUGCCGUGGAAACGUCGUUCGGGUGGACUGUGCAGGGCAGUAGCUCGCACUACGAAGCUACAGCAACUAGUGCCCUUUUCUUAUCGGCUGGUGAUUCUCAUCAAGAGUGCAAUGAAUCGGCUAUGUGGCGCCUCGACACUAUUGGUAGUGAGAACCGGUGGUCAAGUACGGUAAAAGACAACCCUGACCUCGACAUAUUUGAGCAUUGUCUGAGCAAGCAAGCUGGUCGUUACCAAGUGCCCCUGAUGAUGCAGGAGCCUGGCAUUCCGGCCGUUGGUGACAACAGAGAGCUUGCAGCACGUCGACUAAAUAUGCAGCUGAACCGAUUCAGGGAACAACCCCACCUGCUGGAACAGUACGACGAAGCCAUCACUGCUUAUUUCAAGGAUGGUGAUGCAGAAAGAGUUGAUCAAGAGCGAAUUCCAGGCCCUAACAUUUACUACAUGCCGCAUCAUGCUGUCAUCCGCCGCGAUGCAGUGACCACCAAGCUCCGGGUGGUUUUUGACGCGUCGUCUGAUGUCGUCGGAAAACCGUGCCUGAAUGACGUUUUAUCAAAAGGGGUGAAGCUUGGUGUUGACAUCGUGCAACUAUUGCUAUCCUUCCUUUGCUACCCAGUGAUUCUUGUGGCAGACAUCAAGAAAGCCUAUCUGCAAAUGCUCAUUCGUCCAGAAGACCGCGAUUUGCUACGCUUUCUAUGGGUUCAGCAACUGCCAAACAAGGAAGAGCCCAGCCCACCCAUUGCCGCAUGGCGGAUGACUAGGGUCCCUUUCGGAGCAGCUGCAAGUCGCUUUCUGCUUGCCGCCACGAUACGCCAUCAUUUAGCGUCGUGUCGGGAAAAAUUUCGUGUGACAAUGUCCCUCCUGGAAAAGGCGUUUUACGUGGAUGACCUCAUCCUUGGGGUGUCCACGGCGGAACAAGCCAUGAUUGUAUACCAGGAAACACACGCCAUAUUCGCUGACGCCUGCAUUGAGUUACGGAAAUGGGCAUCGAACUCCGACCUGCUAAAGCAACAGUUUAUCCAAGAUAACGUGGCCAUUGAGACUGAAGCAGGAGAUGACCAUCUCGUGAAGGUUUUGGGCGUGCCGUGGGAGCGUAAAGGCGAUACCAUCGCGUUGACAGUGCGUAACGCAGCCUCCUUCGCCGCAAAGAGACCGGCCACCAAGCGCACGAUCCUUCAAACCGUAGCCAGCGUUUACAUCCGCUUGGUUAUCUCUCCCCAUUCACUGUGA